AUGCGAUACGAAUUUGAUCAAGAGAAUUACAGGAUUGAGUCGAAUAAAUUAACAGAAAGACAGGGUGGUGAAACAUCUUCUUGCAAUAAUUCUGGUGCCAAGACUUUACUUGCAUACAAAAAUUCAUCCUUAAAAAUCAAGGAUGAAAUCGUCCAAGAUCGAAAGAUUUCAGAUCAAAAACACAAUGAAGAAUAUGAAUCUAACUUUUUUUCUGUAUAUAUAAGAGAAGAUACGUUACGUUCUAACAAAUUGCCGACUCCUGAGAAGCGAAAAUUUUCCAAAUUAAAAGAGGAACCGAAGGUGUACAAAUGCGAGAAGUGUGCUCGAACCUAUAAACAGAAAAAUAAUUUGUCUAAUCAUAAAAAAUUAGAAUGCGGUGCCAUUCCACAGUUCAGAUGUGAAUUCUGCUUCAAACAAUUUAAACGGAAAAGUCAUAUGAUUCGCCACGUGGAUGAUAUACACCUUAAAACGCACGUACAGACAUCGCAAACGAGGCAUAACUGCGACAAGUGUUCUCGAAGUUACACUUGGCUAAAAAGUUUAAAUCAACAUAAAUAUUUAAAGCACGCGGAAGUAAAGCCACAAUUGUUUUGUGAUGUUUGCGGACAUACAACGAAUAUGAAAAGUAGCUUAACGAAACACAUUACUGCACGUCAUCUGAAGUAAAUUUGCAAUAAAUGAAAAAACUCUUUAUUUCCACUUUAAACGCGCGUUUAUAACGCAGA